AUUCCUCGAAGCCGCUGGAGAAGAAGUGCUCUUGUCUUCGCCGCCGCCGCACUUGUCACGUUCAUCGUCAAUCUAUCCUUCAUCAUCUGGGCCAUGACACGCCAAAGCGACGGGUCGAACGAUAUCAAACGUCCUGGAAUAGGAGUUAUAACAAGCGGCAACUGCCAGAGAAUCAAAAGUUGGAAUACAGGCGCUCACGUCGUAAUCAACAUCAUCAGCACGGUCCUACUAACAGGAAGCAACUACUGUAUGCAAUGCUUGAUUGCCCCGACACGGGAUGAGAUCGAAAGCGCACAUGCCAAAAAUAAUUGGCUCGAUAUCGGUAUCCCAAGUAUUAGGAACUUUUGGAGCAUUGCUUUGCAAAGAAAGAUCGUCUGGAGUCUCUUAGCAGUGUCUUCCUUUCCACUACAUCUACUCUUCAAUUCGAUUGUGUUUACCUCUACUUCCUCAAGCAUAUACAAACUUUACAAGACUGGCGUCAACAACUUCGAUCGAGGCGAUAUUUCUCAAGGACUACCGGUCGAGCUAGCAAAGCUACUCCCAGAUUCGAACACUACGCAAUAUGAUUAUCUCGACAACCAAAAAUGUCUGGAUGCGUACGGAACCGCGUUUCAGUCUUCGCGAGGUGAUCUGGUCGUCGUGGUAGAUAACGGAACGACAUUCUCUGCUGUAGUACCAGUAUCCGAGUAUGGUGGUGUGUUGCAGUUUCCAUUUAACUGGAUUUGCGCAUACUACUACGAUAGAAAACCUUCUUGCGACGAGAGACUCACAGACAUCAAGAGCAAUGCCACCUGGACUAUAGGAUAUAAUGACGAAGUAAAAGGCUGCUAUAGUCAGAGAAGAGAGGAGCAAUGCAAGCUGCUUUUCAGCAGCGGACUUUGCUGGACUGUGACUACCCUCAAUUUAGUCAAGGGCAUCUUGAUGCUUUUUGUGGCGUACGGAAACAUGGAAAGGCCGAUCUUAACAAUAGGCGAUGCUUUGGCGUCUUUCCUGAGGAAUGAAGAUGAGUAUACGAAAGCCAUGGCUCUUGCAUCGAAGUCAAGUGUAAGGAAGUUGGGAUGGGAUUUCGGUUCACAAGAGUUUCGCUUCAUACGACGGCGUAAAUUCGCUGCGGGAAGCCGUCUGCGAUGGACGACCACGAUAGCUAUAUGUUCCUUAGCCAUUCUUGUUUGCACAUUGCUGCUAGCGGUGGGAUUGCGCGCCAACAGAUAUCAGGUCGGCGACUCAGACAUCACAAAAUAUGGACUCGGGAAAGCACACAGCGACACUGUUUUGGACAUUGGCACGCUAAGCUACGAUUCUGGCACCCUUAUCCUUAACGCCUUACUUGCCAAUACCCCGCAAGUCAUCAUGUCAAUGAUCUAUUUCAGCUAUAACGCCUUAUUCACAAGUUUGUCUCUUGUCACUGAGUGGGAUCGGAUUGGAAAUGGAAAAGAACUGAAAGGUCUAAGGGUUUCUUCCCGCCCACAAGGUGACCAGCGGCAAACAUAUUUCCUUCAACUCCCUUACCGAUACUCUCUCCCGCUGACCGUAUUUUCUGGUGGAAUGCACUGGCUUAUUUCGCAGAGCAUCUUCCUCGUCAAUAUUGAGGGUUGGUAUCUAAAGGAGCAUUCCACUAGAGAGUAUGAUAACGUCAUGUCCUGUGGGUGGUCACCGAUUGGCAUCAUAUGUGUGAUUGUGGCAGGUACGAUCAUGGUCGCGUUUCUUCUUGCGUCGGGGUUUCGUCGUUUGCGUUACGGGGGAAUCCCGGUGGCAGGCAGUUGCAGUGCUGCAAUCUCCGCGGCCUGCCACCCAGCAACAAGUGAAGACCUAGAGAUGUGGACAAAGGCACUGCGCUGGGGUGUAGUAUCUAAGCCUGAUGCUGAGUUGUCACAUUGCUCUUUCUCAAGCGGAGAGAUCGAGGUCCCGAUUGAGGGG